CGUCGGUCGAGGACGGUCUCAACGUGCGCAGUGAAAUUUGACUGUCUUUGUUCGACUGCGUUUAUGAUGAUAUCGCGAUAGCGAGGCAGCCAUGUUGACGUUCAUGGACUACAUCCAGAGGGCGUUCGACAACGAAUCCAAAUGGAAUCGUGACAAUUCGUACGCAACCCUCAACCUUACGGCACAAUCAUUACUUGACUUCCCCACGCCUCUCGGUCUGCGCCUACAUGUCUCAUCGCUUCCAACGCCCAACCUAGCAACCUCAUACACGAUCUCUACGACGGGCCUUGUUGACGGCUCUCUGUCGUAUCUCUAUUCCUCGUUGCCUCUUCACAUCCCUUCACGCUGUCCCCGUCUGGACCUCCACGAUUUUGUCACUGGCUAUCGACACCUCAAAGCGCCCGUCGCUCCUGACGAGGAGCACUAUUGGGAGACAUGGCACCGUGGCGCACGAAUAGACACGCGCGACGUGCUUCUUUAUGGCCGCAUCUUCCUGCCUAAAAACAGACUGGAGGCCAUGUAUCUCAGGCGCACCAAACCGACCCAGCUCAUCAAGAUCAACGCUGUGAGCGACGCCACGCUAAACAACGGAGGGACCAUUUUGGCACUGGUGCAAAAUGACUAUGGCAAGUACAGCACCGAGUUCUUGUACUCGACUGAUUCGGCCUUACUGGGCGUCAGGGGCUUGUAUAACUUCGGCACCGACCCUCGCAUCCCAAUCCCCACACCAGCUCUUACGGCUUCGAUUAAGUCCACACCGGAGGGAGAGCCAAAUGCGCAAGCCGGCCUCUUCUCCCUAGGCUCGGAAUUGUACUACGGCGUGCUCAACAAAUCAUUCGGUCUCAGCACGGGCUUGCGGUUCACCACGCUGCCAAGCUACACCGGCUUCCCGUACACCAUGACGCUGACCCUCAAUCCACUGAUGGGAAACCUGUCGAGCAGCUAUAGCGUGAAGGCCGGUCCGAAUCUGGCGCUGAGCUCGCGUUUCGACUUCAACUUCUACAGCUACGAGAGCGGCGUCAUGGCCGGGCUCGAGUUGUGGCGCAUGAGAAGGAAGGAGGACGCGGAGACCACACCGGACCAGGCUGAAAAGGGGUACAACACGACGCCGGGCGUUACCGGGCGGGCUCGAUCGGAGAACGACGUAGCGGGCAUACUCAAGGCACGCAUCGACCAGAACUGGCGCAUCGGUCUCCUCUGGGACGGCCGAUUCAAGGAAAUGCUUUUCACGGUCGGCGCAAAUAUCGACCUCAAGAGGCGUGAUCAGAUCUUCCGUGGCAUCGGCCUCGAGGUCCAGUAUUCCUCGUGAAUAGUCAUGCAAACAAAGCACCAAACAUGUAUGAUAUGUGACUUGGAGUCUACAGCAUAGCAACGACGAAACAAUGAUGAUACCCCCACCCGCGAAAAUCUUGGCUCAAUCGCACGUCCCAGUUUGUGCUCGCUUCUCAUUCACGCCCAACGCGCAACUUCCGUCUCCCCACUCGCGUCGCCAUUCGAACAGUAUACAUGCCGCAGCCGUUUGCACGUUCAGACUGCGUGUCACACCCCACUGUCUGAUCUCGACGCACACGUCGCACUCGAAGAGUACGUCGGCGGGAAUCCCCGUGCUCUCGGCUCCCAUGACCACCACCGACCUCUUGGGCAGCACUUUCUCCCCCCCGUCGGGCACGCCAAUCACCCGGCUAUCGCUCGUUUGCUCCAGGCCCACAAUGGUCCACCCGUCACUCUUCAGCUGUCGCAGUCGCGCGAGAAGGUCCGCAGGCUUGGUCUCUUGGAUGUCGAUGUGCAAUUCGGAGUUCACGCUGACGUUUUGGAAGCUGCUGUUGGCCAGGAGCGAGAGCGAGGGCAGAUGCAGGGAGUGGCAGCCGAAAACGUUGGCCGCGCGCGAGAGACCGCCCAGAUUCACCGGCGCGUCGAGAAGAGAACCGAUCAGAAUCGGGCCUGUGCCCUGCUUCGACGGCGACUGUGACGGCUCCAGGGACAGAGAAGAAAGAUCGGGUGCGAAUGACUUGGUUUGCAGCGGUCCUGUCGUCGCGCCCGACGUUGUAAGCGACGCUGGUUCAUGCUGUUCCGCUGCGCUGGAAGUCGCGAGCUUAGCGAUCAACUGCGCUACAGAUUCGUCGACGCUCCCGAUCGGGAGCCGAGCUUCGGGCCUUUUCUCCACGAGGCUUGGUGGAUCGGAGGCGAGGACGUCUCGCAAAUCUUGCACGCGUAGCAGCGGCGGUUCGAUCAGUGGCGUGUACAUGUGACCGCCUUCGAACAAGGUGGCGAGGUUCAUGUCCUUGUUAAUGUUGAAUGUGCUCAGGACACGAGACUCCGGAGGUGUCUGGUACUUGUCCAGUUUCGUCACAAAGUUGUACACGGAUCGGAAAACGGGCGCGCAGCCCAUGCCGUCGAGCAGUCCCGCGUCUCUUACGUGGUCGAAGAUCGUGGGAAACGAAGCCUGUGCUUCAAAGCGAACAAGCACCCUCGGGGAGGCUAUCAGGGUGGCAAGAAUGACGAGCAGUCGUUCAAAUUGUUGCACGCGCUCGUCCUUGUCGAAGUGCCGUGAAUGCAGUACGAGCUGUACGGCGAUCUUGAUUUCCGACGCCACAAGCUUGGGGUUCGGAUUGCUUGGAUCGGCGUCUUCGAGGGCCUUGAGGACGUUGUCUGUAUACGUUCGGGCGACUGAAGGCUGAGUCGCGAAGUGAAGGAUGGCCCACUCGAACAAAAACCUGUACCGCGGGUUGGGCUCUCUGGCAAGGAGAUCGUAAAAGGUGCCGUAGUACUUUUCAAUGUCGGACCGCGAACUCACACAGCUGUGUAGAAGAACGAUGAUGGCCUGAAGCUGCGAGGUCCGCUUCCACUUCGAAGACGCCUGUAUUGUGCCCUUCUGCUCACGCCAAGGUUCGAAAACUCGAUCCAGGAGACGCAAGCCCCACGAGCUCUGCUCAGGUUUCAGACGAGCAAGAAUGUCCAGGAUAUACGCGUGGCCGAGAGACUCGUCGCAGUAAACGUUGUAAAGCGGCUCUCCUUUCUCGUCACGCUCUCCUGCAGCAACGGCUACGUCGAGGAUGUGUUCAGGUGUUGGAGUUGGCGGGUCAUUGAUGAAAUUCAGCAGCAUUGUUUCGAUAUUCGGGUGCUGUAAUAUGGCAGGGUUCUCAAAGGAUAGUUUCCUCAACGUUCUGGCUGUGGUGUUCCAUAGAUAAGGUUUUCUUCUUGCCAACGACGAAAAGUUGAAUAUGCAACUCGCUGCAAAGUCUACGGCGCUGUUCUCGUGGACGUCCUUGGAAACAUACGUCACCCAGAAAGGCCAGCUGUCCGCAAAUAGUCUCCAUAG